AUGCCAGCAAGAUUCUCAUUCAUCGAGCAGUACCGCACUAUGGCCAAGGAUCUGGAAAAGCAAUCUUGCGAAGACUUCUUAAGCUUCGACCAAGAGGUUCCACAGUCUAGAAACUUCUUAGACGAUUCAGAAAUUAAAUCAGAAGUCAAACCGGCAAUAAAGCUUGAAGCUGUAGAUGGUGGUAUUGACAUGUACAACAUUAUGGAUUGCAUGGAAAACAGCAGCACAGAUGCAGCCUACAACAGCAACCAAAACUACCACAGGUUUCUAGACAAUUUUAAGAGUUCUUACAGUCCAGCUGUGGGAGACCAAAGUCGACCAGCCACUGCUCCGUUGACUCUACCAUCAUCAGCGGCAACGGCAAGAACAUCGGGACUAUCGUUGAUAGCUUCCACAGCAUCGCCGUUGAUGUCAUCUACAGCACUGCUAUCUCUAACACCAUUCUCCUCUACCACUUCCGCCUUAACACUGUCACCAAUGACCUCAACGUACACUACAACCAAAACUAGCACAUACGUAACUGAGCUGGCUGGAAGUGGCUGCACUGUUGUGUCUAAUACAGAUUUCCUCUUCGACUCCCCCAACACAUUGUCUCCCUUUGAUGGUCGCGAUGAGAACCUUGAGUACACAAACCUGGACAAACCAAUGGAGCCAUUGAACGAUGACUAUUCACCAUUCUCCAUGAUGAACAAGCAAGGAACAGUCCUAGAAGAGUCGGACUGUGUCCCACUAGAAGCCGUAUUCAUCAUGACAGAUACCAUCCAGAGUGACUGCAAUAAUCUCAAUGUUCCUUAUGAUCCCAUGAUAUGGAGCCCUGAACAUGUGAAAAGGUGGGUUUCUUGGGUGUGUCACAGAAAUCAAGUUUCAGAUGUCUCGCACCACUUGUGUCACUAUGAUGGACGCGCUCUGUGUUCACUCACACGUGACUAUCUUUCACGGACAUUUCACGAAGCCGGCAUUAAGAUCUCAAAUGAGUUGGACCUGUUGAAAGCAGCCUACAGCUGUUUUUCCAAUCAGAGUCAAGAGGAUUUCCUAAGCUCCCAACAUCUUUACGAACCAUUCAUGGAGAACCCCCAGACCUUUAGCUUUGACUCCUGUGUCUCCCCAGCACCCAGUUUGAGCAGCAGCACACACGACAGCAGUUCCAGCACAGUUUCUACACAUUCCGAUCACAGUGAUGAUGAGAGUGGCUAUGGUUCACAAAAAUCUUCCUAUUCCAACACGACCAAGAUUGGAGAAGCUGGUGACCACAACAGAAUUGUAGCUAAAGUUUCAACUGGACGUGGACAUAAGCAGACCAUUCACUUGUGGCAGUUUCUGAAAGAACUGCUACUUUCAAAAGAGAAUAACUACAGCGAGUGCAUCCGCUGGCAGGACCGCAAAGCUGGAAUCUUUAAAAUUGAGGACUCUAAGAAAGUUGCUAGUCUGUGGGGUGCAAGGAAGAACCGUCCAGCCAUGAAUUAUGAUAAGCUAAGUCGCUCUGUGAGGCAGUACUAUAAGAAAGGUAUCAUUAAGAAAACAGAACAAUCCAAGCGUUUAGUGUACCAGUUCUGCCCUGGUUAUUUGUGA